AUAAAAUCCUAUAAAAGUGAAAUAAAUAAAUAAAAGUCCUCUUCUCCUGUUGGACUGAAAAUUUGCUGACAUUACGUGAUGUCCCAAAAGAGGUGAAGAAGAAGAAGAAACGAAGAACGAAGAGCAGGAAAACAACCAAAACUUCCUUAGGACAUGGUUAACCGAUUGCUUCAAAUUGGGUCCAUUGAAGGGAAAUUAUAGUAUUGCUGAUUCGAAGUGGAGCAAUAUCUCUCGAGUGAUACAGAGAGCAGGGUUUUGGAACGAGGUGGGAUGGGUUCGAAGAAGGCUGAAAGUACAUCAGCUCCAGUAAUUCGACGAGACCCAUAUGAGGUAUUGUCCGUAUCGAGAGAUUCUUCUGAUCAGGAGAUUAAAACUGCUUAUAGGAAACUAGCUCUCAAGUAUCAUCCGGACAAAAAUGCAAGCAACCCUGAAGCUUCUGAACUUUUUAAGGAGGUUGCAUAUUCCUACAGCAUCUUAUCUGACCCAGAAAAGAGAAGGCAGUAUGAUAGUGUGGGGUUUGAGGCCCUUGAUGCUGAAAGCAUGGAUAUGGAAAUUGAUUUAUCUAAUCUGGGUACUGUCAAUACAGUAUUUGCUGCAUUAUUCAGCAAGCUUGGUGUCCCUAUCAAAACUACAAUUUCUGCUAAUGUUCUGGAAGAAGCUCUAAAUGGAACUGUCACUGUCAGACCCCUUCCUAUUGGAACAUCAGUUAGUGGAAAGGUGGACAAGCAAUGUGCCCACUUUUUUGGUGUAACAAUAAAUGAGCAACAAGCAGAGUCAGGGAUUGUUGUGAGAGUAACUUCAACUGCUCAAAGCAAAUUUAAGUUACUUUAUUUUGAACAAGAUGCCAAUGGUGGCUAUGGUUUGGCAUUACAGGAAGAUAGUGAGAAGACUGGCAAGGUGACAUCUGCAGGGAUGUAUUUCUUACAUUUUCAAGUGUAUAGAAUGGAUUCAACUGUGAAUGCUUUAGCAAUAGCCAAGGAUCCUGAUGCUGCUUUUUUUAAAAGAUUGGAAGGUCUUCAACCUUGUGAGGUUUCAGAACUAAAAGCCGGCACUCAUAUAUUCGCUGUUUAUGGGGAUAAUUUUUUCAAGACUGCUGCCUACACAAUUGAGGCACUUUGUGCAAAAUCAUAUGAAGAUACCACACAGAAGCUCAAGGAGAUUGAGGCUCAAAUUUUACGAAAAAGAAAUGAGCUACGUCAAUUUGAGACAGAAUACCGGAAGGCUUUGGCACGCUUUCAAGAAGUAACCAACAAAUACAGCCAGGAAAAGCAAUCAGUGGACGAGUUGCUAAAACAGCGGGAUAGCAUACAUUCUUCAUUUACCGUAACAAGGACGGUCAGUAAUUUAAGUAAUGGAAGUACAAGCAAAGUUCUUGGUGAAGAUUCAAAAGCUGAGAGUCCAGGGGAAGAUGGAAGUGAUGGCAAAGACAAAUCAGCCAAGAAAAAAUGGUUCAAUUUGAACCUUAGAGGAUCAGAUAAAAAGCUUGGUUGAAAAAAGAUGUUUGGGUGAUUUUAUACUAUUUGGGAAGUUUGAUUGCGUAUUUAAAUUCUAGGGCCACAGAUUUGUUGCAUGCAAAGUUUGUCUUGUAUUAUUUAUUCUAUUUUUUUUUUCUCAUUAGGUUUUUUUCCGAGGUGGUUUCUUAUGGCGUGUUACAAUAUGGUUCUAUAAGUUUCAGAGUUUGAAGAAGGUAUGUGUACGUAAAAUUUCAAUUCAUAUUUUUCAUUAAGUACUUAUCUUGUCCUUGUAGCUCAGUUAGCAACUUUGAAUCUGUGUUGUAAUAUUUUUCUUUUUUCAAUAAUACAUUCAUUUUGUAAGAAAUUCUUGGCGGACUUAAGUCUCUGCUGAGCUAACCCAUUUGCGUUGAAAUUCA